AAAUGGCCUGUACGAGCCGUGAAGCGACGCAAGCAACCGACGAGCGCAUCCAGCGGCUUGUACGUAGCCGCACGAUCCAAAAGGCAAGUCGCGACCGCAAGAAGAAGAGGUAUUUAGCGACAACGGCGACCGUCGAGACCCUCCGCGACGAAGUCGCGCUGCUUCAAGUUCGCGUGGCAAGCCUCGUGCGGCGCUUGCCCCUUACCCACGUGCUCUGUGUUCAGCCCAAUUUUGACGGAGGGCCCACACUCAAGAUUGCUCGCCAGUAUGUGACGCUCUUCAAGCACGGCUACAACGACACGAAGCGCAAGCAAAGCGCAAAGCAGCUCGCAUUUCUUACAAGUGUUGCCGCUGCCAAUGUUCGCUACAACGGUGGCAUUGGCAUUCAGAGCAUACUGGGCAACUGGCUGCGCUACACGUUGACGUUCUCGUCCAUGGCUAUCGAAAUGCGAGACUGCGCAAUCCUCAAGACCGACGACGGUCCGCUCGUCAAAGGCGUCGUCAAGACGUAUCUCAAAAUCAGUCGAAGCUCCCUUAGCACCAUAUUUCCACACUGCCCCGACCACCUCAAGCCGCAGCUGAUUGGCCAGGUCAUGACGUUGUACGCGACCAUGCACUGGAGCUUUGACGAAACGGACCGCCUGAUUGCGCUCGACGGCGAUGGCGACUUUGUCUCGGGCCUUCUGCCGAUCUUGAAGGACAUGGAAGCGGUCGCCGCCGUCCUCAACAUGGCAGCCUUUUACGGCCCCGAGUCGGCCAUCCUGUAAGUCCGACAUGAAUAACAUCAAAAAGGCUGUCGACUGCAGAGACGCGAAGCACAGGCCACCGUCCGCGACACGUCUAACAGAAUGCCGAGACGUUAUUGUUCCGA